AUGGAACGUGAACAAAUUAUGGAGUAUGUUCAAGAGACACCGAUUAUUCCUAGGAGAAUUAUUCAUUAUUCGGUUCCAAAACAAACGAUCGCAAAGCCUAGCCCCCAUGUCGAGAUGACAUUCGCGGCUAAUACAUUUCGGGACAUGGACUUGCCGCAGCAUCCGGUUAUUCAUGAUUGUUGGCAAAAUAAAGAGUACUCAACUCAAAGGUAUUCAGGAAAUCUGGCCCAACAAAGGUUAAGCUUUGAGGAACAUCAGAAUGAAGAACGUCCAAAUUCUGUUGGAUUAAUUAAGAGGGUGAGUAUUCUUUUUAAAAAGAAGCCAUCAUCUCAAAAAAAUAGCAUUAAAUCAAUCGUUGACGAAAAAUCAGAUGGCUGCAGCCGGAGUGAAAGCUGUUUGAGUGAAGUUGAUGAUCUUAAAGAGAAGAAUAUUCAAGAAAACCUGGUUGAUGAACAUGAGAAGAGUCCUGAGGGAGAUUCUAAAAGAUAUGGCCUAUUCUCCUUUGAAGAGACGCCCCCUGUACAAGUGCUGGAGCAGAGCUACUCGAAUUCCGCGAAUUCUUCAUUUAAAAACACUUCAUCGACAAAAAAUAAACGUUCUUCUGACAGUUUUGUUUCACCGGAACCAGCUGAAGCCCUGUAUAGCCCUUUGGAGGCUGUUCCUUGUUGCAGUUCAACUGAAAGAGAACACUUACAUCCAGGUGAGGAACGGAUUGACACAGCAGUACAAAAUUUAAAAGUGGCUUCAAUGAAGGAAAAAAAAAAAAUGCUUCAAAUGGAACAAAACAGAUUAAUCACUGAGAUUAUACGCCUCGAAAACAUACUAAAGAAGCAUAGGAAGGCUAAAACUAAGAAAAGUAUUAGUAAACCAGAGAAGAAACCAUCCGAAAAAGACAGUUUCAUAUCUGCAAAUGCAUCAAGUCCAACAGAUUCUACCACUCCGAUCUUAAAUAAGAGAAUUUCACAUCCUGAUAUCGACUUCUGUGAUAAUGAGGUUUCUGACGUUCUCGAUGCUUUUGAAUUUGAAAAGCAUGAUGAUCCGUUGAGAGAUAAAUGGACCGCUUUACAGUCUUUGGAAAAUAGCUUCGAAUCUAAAUUUGAAUCUGCAUCAAACUUAAUCCAUGGAGAAGAACUGGUCGCUAUUAAAGAAAGGAAUUUUCAAUUAGCUAAGAUAAACAAUCUUUGCUUUCGGGUACGGGAGUCUAUCAAAAGAAGACAAGAUUUGGAGACAAAAUUAAGAAGUUUAUCGCAGGACACCGACAACGAAUUGCUUUUUUUGAUGAUGGAAAAUAAAAGAAGACAGAAAAGUUCAGUGAUAACACAGUUUCUUUCUGACAUAAUCAGAGAGAAGUCGAAAAGAUUUUCCGCAGAAGAGCAAGGCUUCGUAAAUCAAAACGAAGUUAAACCCCUCAUUUUGGAUCUUUCUGCAAGGAUCAAUAGAUUGAAUUCUAUCCUGGAAACGAAAAACACUUGUAUUAGAAGGCUAAGUAAUCAAUAA